UCCAUCUACCGCACGAACCCGCGAAUCAAACCAAUAACUCAAUUCCACCACCACCACCACCAUCUAGACCAACCACCAACCGGUAAUGGCAUCAAAACACCCCCACCAAUCCACCACCGCCCCCCCACUCCCCCCGAACCAAACCCUCUACGUUCAAAACCUCAACGACAAAGUCCGCAAACAGGACCUGCGCACUGAGCUGUACACCCUCUUCUCCACCUACGGCGUGGUCCUAGACGUGAACGCGCUUAAGACCAUGAAGGGCCGCGGACAGGCACACAUCGCCUUCAGAGACGUGGCGGCAGCGACGCAGGCGAUGCGCGCGCUGCAGGGCUUCGAGUUCUUUGGGAAGGAAAUGAGGAUAUUCUACGGGAAAGGUAAAUCGCAUGCUGUUUCGAAAUUGGAUGGGACGUAUAGUAUGGCUGCAGCUGGGGCUGGGGUUAAGAGGCAGAGGGAUGAGGAGAGUGACGAAGACGAAGGGGAGGAAAUGGAUGUUGAGGAUGAUGAUGAUUGAUUAAAUGCCUUUCUUUUCUUUUCUUUUCUUACGGUUAGAUGAUCGCUUUGACGUAUUGAUAUCGUACUUGCUGAAAACAUAAAGCGGCUUUUCUUUUCUUUUCUUUUCUUUUUGUUUCCCCUUUUUUCUUUCCCUUUUAUAGCCAAUAGGAUUGGAUGGGUGGAUGGGCGAAUGGAUUUAUGCAUGGGAAGUUGUAUUAAUAUGGGGAGGGAGUAUGAUAAUGUGCUUGCUUGA